AUAUAAAUAAAGGUGACUUGACUUGACGUGGAAAACAUGCAGUGCUGGGGGGCUCCAGGAAUGUGGUCCCAACCACCCCACCCAUUUAGACCCCUGGUCUAAAUAAUAGAAAUCACACAUGACAGUACAUAUUAUUUUGUAUUUGUCAAUGUUGACACAUUAAUUUACAGGCAAGUCUUGUGAGAAAGAAAAAAUCAGUUUAACAGGUUAAGCUUAAAUAAUUUCUUGGUUCAGUCAUGUAAAUUGUUUUGUCCCAGUCCUCAAGUAUCAGCAAUUAAUAAAUAACUGUAAUUAAUUAUUAUUAUUAUUAUUAUUUUUCUUUUGGCACAAUUUAUGAAACAACAUGUUGCAAGAGGGUGCGUGUGUGGAAUCUGGUUAAACUGGUCAAACGUGCCUGCUGUUCAUAUGCUAGAGUUUAUAGUGAAACUGUGCUGCUUACAUAGUCAUAUUUUCACCUGACUCAUUGUACUGUAGUGAUCACUCUCCAGUGUUUUACUAAAGUCAUCUAAAACUCUGACUUCAAAAGUCAUAAGUGAGGGCUCACAUGGGCAUGCUUUCUCUGUGAACUAAACUCUUUAAAAUGGAAGCUGGUUAACACACGGAAGAACAGAUCAUUUGUUUAAAGAUUCUUCUAACAGAGAGAAAACAUCUAACACAUUUCAUUCCAACAACACACAUAAAGAUGAUUAACAAAAGAACUCUUCGACGAGUUGUUGUGUUUGUCAGCGUCACCAGCACUAUCUGUAUGGUUCUCAUCUGUCAAACGUCCACCAGGAGUUUUCUCACAGAUUCAUCUGUCUGUAAACGCGCAAUGGAUUCAGAGGAUCUUUUGUGGUUUUCUCAACGAUAUAAACCCUCUGCUAACGUGACCCUUAACACCAAGAACAGCCCACUGGAUUUCCACACCUAUUGGUGGUGGAAGAGUCUACAAAACGAAUCAACUGUAGCCAACUACAAAAAAGUGGUGGAGGUGUUGUUUUCCCUUUUCCCAGAUAAAGAUCACUACUCCGACAGCAGUCCCAGCCGCUGCAGAACCUGUGCUGUAGUGGGCAACUCGGGCAACCUCAACAGAUCACAUUAUGGUGCGCUCAUAGAUUCACAAGACUUCGUUAUAAGGAUGAAUGAGGGCCCAACAAAAGGUUUUGAGCAGGACGUAGGGUCAAAGACCACUCACCGUGUCAUCUACCCAGAGAGCGCUGUGGACAUGGAUGAGACGACUCACCUCAUUCUGUUGCCCUUUAAGAUUCUGGAUCUGCAGUGGCUCAUCAGCAUCUUCACCACUAGACACAUUGAUCUGACGUACAUGAAUGUGAAACCAUCAAUUAAGGCAGACAGAAAUAAGGUGAUGAUCUUCCAUCCUGCAUUUAUGAAAUAUGUCUAUGAGAGCUGGCUGCAGAGUCAUGGAGGAUAUCCUUCCACUGGCUUCAUAUCUCUUAUAUUCGCCCUGCACAUUUGUGAUGAGGUCAGUGUGUUUGGGUUUGGACCUACAAAAGAUGGAGCUUGGCAUCAUUACUUUGAAGAUUUCAGCGCUGACUCUAAUGGAGGCCCUCAUGAUGGAGACUUUGAGGGCAAAGUGAUCUCUCAACUCCAUCAGAAACACAGAAUUAUGAUGUAUAAAGGGUGGUAAUAACGCAUAAAGCUUGAAAUAGAAGUCUGUCAAGUUCUGUAAAGUAUUUUGUAAAUUGUAAACAAUUUCUCCAUGUGUGAAUUUUAGAAUGUUAAACUGUAAUUUUAGAUCAUAAAUUUUAUUUAAAUGAAAUUGUGUAACGCUACAUGCACCAUUGUACAACAGUUAGUUGUGAUCUACCAAGUAGACUGGUCAAGCAGUGAUGCAAGCUUGUGUGUGUAUUUACUUAAUAAAACCAAAGUAUGUAAACUGUCAAGAGUUGAUGGUAUACUCUCAUCAGACAUUAUGUUACAUGUUUGUAGAACAGACUGAAUAAAGCCAUGAUUUUAGGCCUCUGUGA